AUGUGCAUUGCAAAGAACGAAAAUUCCGGCGAAACGCAACCAGAGCGAGUGUCUCGGUUGGAAACUGAGUUACAUGCGCAAGUGGCUCGUAAUAAAGAAUUACAACAACGGAUAAACGAUUUGGAGCGAAUAGUCAGCGAAUGUUAUGACUUAAUCCGGAAACAAAGUGCUCGAAUUCAGGUGCUCGAAAAUCAAUUGGAGCACGAAAAAAAGAAAAACUUAAGUGGCAGUGAAAAUUCAGAUGCAUCGCAAGACAAAAUAUAA